AAGCGGGGACGGGUCCUGAAGAUGGGCCCCUGCGGCGGCGGCGGCGGAGACGUCUGGGAGAUGGACUUGCGGGGUGUUAACCGUAUCGUCAAGGUGGUUCUCUGGCACUCCGGCGCGGUCGACGCCAUCUUGGUGUUAUACGAGCGGGAUGGCCGGGAGGAGCAGACCAAGCACUGGGAAAAGCUCGAAGGACAUCGUUCAGAGAUCUGCCUGGAGCCGGGUGAAUACCUCGUCGGCGUCAAAGGGAACCUGGGCAAUUUCGGUGGUUGUUUCCUCUUGGGAACGCUUACUUUCAUCAGCAACCUGCGCACCUUUGGGCCAUAUGGAACGAGGGAAGGUCCGCCAUUCGACCUUCCAGCAGCUGGCGGCAAGAUUGUUGGCUUCCAUGGCCGCUCCGGGGCCUCCUCGAUGCUCUGGGCACUUACGUAAAGAUGGACGACUAGCCCACACAUUACUAUCUAGGCCAUUGGUCAAUAUUACCAUUUGUACUGCAUGAACAUGUCAAUGCCUACUGUACCUCGUGACCAAAUGUAUUACGC